UUUUUUUUUUUACUCUUCCUUUCGAUUUCCUUUUAACACUUGGAGUCUUGCACAUAACAUUUAGCCUCCUUCCCCUGUACUUUACACCUGCACCAGUAUGCCGCGUUUAUUCUCGCCGCGUGAUCCUUUGCUUGCACUCAUUAACUUUAUUGAGAUUUCAUUCUCCAUUGUUCUAUCGUUGUUGCUGCUGUUGUCUCUAUCAUGUUUCCUCUUACUAUUAUUAUUUUUUAUAUCUCCGACAUUGGUCUUGUAUAGUAGUCCUUCGCUCUAUGUAUAGUACGACCUUAGUGCAAUCCCACACACACAUAUCCAUACCAGUUUAGCUACGUCCGAUCCAUAGACGAACAGCGAUCAAACAAAAAA